AUGGCGAGCUCAGAUGAAGGAAGGUUGUUGGCAAGCGAGUAUCAGGUGUUCCUGAGCUUUAGAGGACCAGACACCCACAUUGGAUUUACCGACUGCCUCUAUCAUAGCUUGAUCGAUGCUGGAAUCUGUGUCUUCCUAGACAACGAAGAGCUCCAUGUUGGUGAAAGGAUCGAUGGAUCACUUCGGCAAGCAAUCGAUAACUCCAAGAUCUACAUACUCAUAUUCUCUCAGACCUACGCUUCGAGCCAAUGGUGCCUUCGUGAGGUCGUGCAGAUCAUGGCAAACACCUCCAGAUCGGGAGGUAAUAAAGAGAUCCUACCUAUCUUCCUCGAUGUGGAGCCUGACGACAUUAAGCUGAAAACUUCGUUGUACAAAGAUGCCAUACGCAAUUUGAAGCGUGAGAAGAAGUUGAGCAAUGAGGAAGUAAAUGAAUGGAGAAAGGCUCUGAUGGAUGUUGGUGCGAUAAAAGGGUGGGAAGCGAAGCAUAUGGGCCACGGCAAGCUGAUCAAAUUGGUAGUUGAGGAGGUCAUGAAAAAACUGAAGACAAAGCAUAAACCGGUGACUGAAGAGUUAGUUAGAGAUGAUGGUCAAGUAGUAGCAGUAAGUGAAUUGUUAGACAUCAACUCUGAUGGUGUGCGACUGAUUAAAAUUUGGGGUAUGGGCAGUAUCGAAAUCGGCCAUGCAGGAAUAGGGGGCAUUGAUGAAAGUGAUUAUGGAAAGAAGAGGGUUGGAGACAUACUUUGCAAUAAGAAAGUCCUCAUUGUACUUGAUGAUGUUGAUAAUAGAGAACAAGUAGAGAAAUUAGUUGGAGAGAGAAAUUUGUAUCCAGGAUCUAGAAUAUUGAUUACAACUAGAAAUAAGGAUAUUAACACCCCCAAGUAUCAAAUUUUAGAUUAUGAAAUGGAGGUGAUGAAUACCAAUAGAGCACUUGAGCUUUUCAGGAGGCAUGCAUUUGGCAGUGUCUCUCCUCCAAAUGAUUAUAAUGAUCUUUCAAGGGAAGUUGUAUUAGCUGCAGGGAGACUUCCUUUGACUAUUGAAGUAAUUGGCUCGUUCCUUCACCGCAAAAAGACGAUAGAAGAAUGGAAAGAGGCAUUGGGCCAGUUGAGAAAAGGACAACUCAAGAAUGUUUAUGAAAAGUUAAAGAUCAGUUAUGAUGCCUUAACUAAUGAGCAACAACAAAUUUUUCUUGAUAUUGCAUGCUUUUUCAUCGGUCAGGAUAUGACAUAUGCAAUUUACAUAUGGGAAGAUUGUGACUUUUUGCCACACACUGGAGUUAAGACACUCAUUAACUUGUCUUUGGUAAAGAUUUUGGAGAACAAUGUGUUUUGGAUGCACAAUCAACUCAGAAAUCUUGGUAGGACUAUUGUUUGCAAGGAAAAUCUAAUGAAUCCUGGAGAGCGUAGUCGAAUAUGGACUAAUAAGGACGCCCUUAAUGCAAUACAGACAAAAGAGAUAAAAAAGAAUGUUCAAGCACUAUAUCUUGAUAUACAUGCACAAGAUUCCCCUAAUGUCAUUGUUCAAAGUGAAGAGAUUAGUAGGUUUGAACAUCUAAGGUUCCUCAACUUAAGUAGAGGAAUCUUUGUUGGCAACUUCAAGAAUCAUCUUAUUGAAUUAAGAUGGUUGUCUUGGAAUUUUCCUCUGGAAAAAAAUGAAUGGACUAAUUUGUACCUAAAGAACAUGGUCAUUCUUAAACUUUCAGGCGAUCUUUACUUAGAUGACUCGAGAUUACAGGACUUAAUCCAGAUGGCGAGAAAAUUGAAAGUUCUUUCUCUUCAAGAUUGUGCUGAAAUAAACGGAACAUUGGACUUCUCUAGAUGCCCUGAUUUAGAGAGGCUUGCUUUCGAAAGUUGUUCCAAUUUGUGGAAAAUUGAUGGCUCUAUUGGAAAGUUGAAGUGUCUGAUUGACCUAAAGAUUAAGCAUUGUGUAAAAUUAAAAUAUUUGCCAGAAGAAAUUGGUUACCUAGUGAAUUUGAAGCAGUUCGCUUAA